AUGGGCGGGCGUGGAGCUUCGGAGGUGGCAAGGAUGGUGGUCGCCGUGGUGGGGGUCGUGGUCGCCGCGGCGGCGGUCCUUUCCCCGGCCGCCGCUGGGGGCUUAGGCAGGGAAGCGGCGGCGCUGGUGGCGAUCAAGGCGGCGCUGCAGGAUCCGGGCCAAGUUCUCCGCGACUGGGACCCUAAGUCCGGCGACCCGUGCCGCUGGAACAUGGUCACCUGCCAUGGGGGCCACGUUCAGGAGCUGUCCAUGGUGCAGCAGAACCUCUCCGGCACACUGUCGCCGGCGAUUGGGAGGCUCAGGUCUCUGCGAUCUCUGUCUUUACGCCAAAAUGCAAUUUCUGGUCCCAUCCCUAAGACCAUAGGCAGGAUGAAGCUGCUGCAUGUACUUGAUCUGUCAAACAAUCAGUUCAGUGGAAGCAUCCCGAGUACACUGGGUAGCAUGGUGAACCUCCGGUACCUGAAAUUGAACAACAACAGCUUAUCUGGACCUGUACCUGAUUCAUUAGCCACAGCUCGCAUGAUCUUCAUCCUGGAUAUUUCCUUCAACAACCUGAGUGAUGAUUCACGAGUCAUGGAUAAAAAAAUUAUGAUCCUUACAGUAUGCAUAGCACUUGGUUGCUCAAUGGUUGCCAUGGUUGCUGGAGCUGUCAUCCUAUUUCGGCACUGGCGUCAGCGUCAGCGAGUCUUUUCAGUUGCAGAAGUUCAACAUUGCCGAGAAGUUUCUCUUGGGCAUCUAAAGCACUACAAGUUUAAGGAGAUCAGAAAGGCCACUGAUAACUUCAAUAUAAGAAAUAUUUUGGGAGAGGGGGGAUAUGGAAUAGUUUACAAGGGUCAUUUCCCUGGUGGCACACCUAUUGCUGUGAAAAGAUUGAAGGAUCAUGAUUCGGUUAUUGGCGAUGAUCAAUUCCACACAGAAGUUGAAGUGAUAAGCUUGGCUGUUCAUCGUAAUCUCCUCCAUCUUAUUGGGUUCUGCACUGCAAAUAAUGAAAGGAUCCUUGUAUAUCCUUACAUGCCAAAUGGAACUGUUGCUUCUAAAUUAAAAGAAUAUGUUAAUGGGGAACCAGCCUUAGACUGGCCAAGGAGAAAGAGGAUAGCACUUGGUGCAUCACGGGGACUGCUCUAUUUGCACGAGCAAUGUGAUCCUAAGAUAAUCCAUCGUGAUAUAAAAGCAUCCAACAUUCUGCUUGAUGAUUAUCUUGAAGCAAUCGUUGCAGAUUUUGGAUUGGCAAAACUUGUAGAUCAUGGGAUGUCUCAUGUUGUCACAACAGUGCGUGGAACAGUUGGGCGUAUACCACCAGAGUAUUUCUUGUCUGGCCAUGCUUCGGAGAAGACUGAUGUUUUCUGCUUUGGACUCUUGUUGAUCGAGUUAGUCACUGGUCGAGAGACCCUAGAGCUUCAUCAGAAUGAAUAUCAGAAGGGAGGAAUUCUUGAAUGGGCCAAGGAACUUCUUGCUCAAAAUCAGCUAAGCUCAUUUGCGGACAAGAAGCUAAGGAACAACUAUGACAGUGUUGAAUUGGAGGAGAUGGUUCAGAUAGCAUUGCUCUGCACAAUGUACAGCCCUAAACACCGCCCCAGGAUAUCUGAAGUUGUUACAAUGCUGGAAGAAGGAGAUGGGGUUGCAGAGAAAUGGGAGGCCAUGAAAAAUGUCGAGGAACCAAACCCCGAGGAUCUUAAGUACCAGGCUAUAGCUAUAAACUACUACGAAGACCAAUGCAGCUCGACCGAGUUGCAAGCCGUUGAGCUUUCAGGGCCAAGGUGA